AUGAAGGAGUUGUCUCUACGGCAGGACCCGGACCUGAGGAAGGAGCUGGCCCUGCUGGCCCGCGGCUGCGACUUUGUGCUGCCAUCACGCUUCAAGAAGAGGCUCCGUGCCUUCCAGCAGGGACAGGCAGACACACACACACACACACACACACACACACAGGAUGUGGUGAACUCACACACUGGCCUUGCCUUUUUGAAGGAGGCGGCGGACUUCCACUCGCGCUACAUCACCACGGUAGUCCAGAGAAUAUUCUAUAACGUCAACAGGUCAUGGACAGGCAAGAUCACCUGCCCAGAGCUCUGCAAGAGCAGCUUUCUCCAGAACGUGGCUUUGCUGGAGGAGGAGGAGGAUGUGAACCAGCUGACUGAGUACUUCUCCUAUGAGCAUUUCUACGUCAUCUACUGCAAGUUCUGGGAACUAGACACAGACCAUGAUCUCUUCAUCGACCAGAAAGACCUGGCGCGGCACAAUGACCAUGCCAUUUCCAACCGCAUGAUGGAGAGGAUAUUCUCUGGAGCAGUCACGAGGGACCGGAGAGUCCACAAGGAGGGCCGGCUGACCUAUGCUGACUUUGUGUGGUUCAUCAUCUCCGAAGAGGACAAGAGGACCGAGACCAGCAUAGAGUACUGGUUCCGCUGUAUGGACCUGGAUGGGGACGGAGUGCUGUCCAUGUACGAGCUGCAGUACUUCUAUGAGGAGCAGUGCCAGAAGCUGGAGACCAUGGCCAUCGAGCCCCUGCCCUUCCAGGACUGCCUCUGCCAGAUGUUGGACCUCGUCAGACCGGAAGUCGAAGGGAAAAUAACCCUUCGUGACUUGAAAAGGUGCAAGAUGUCCCAUAUAUUCUUCGACACCUUCUUCAACAUCGACAAGUACCUGGACCACGAACAGAGGGAUCCUUUCUCAGUAGUGAGGGAUGGAGAGACCGAGGGCCAAGAUAUCUCCGACUGGGAGAGAUACGCUGCGGAGGAGUACGACAUCCUGGUGGCGGAGGAGACUGCUAACGAGCAGUACCACGACGGUGGAGUGUUCUACACGUACGAGGACGUUCUGGAACCCAUGGAGCAGCACGGGUCUGGUCUGCAGGGGGAGAAGCGGCACUUCUUUAACAUCCCCAACCCCCACUGCAACCUGGACCUGGAGGAGUACGAGUACGAGGACAACUUUGAGUGAGCUGCGCGCCAUCAACCAACCCCCCACCCGCCACUGUCACCGCAGGGUGGAGGUAGCGUCCUCCAUCAGAGAAACCAGGGGCAACCAGUCCAAGCCAAAGGGAAACAAACAAACCAACACACAAACAAACAGACGAACACCCAUGCAGCAGGGCGAGGAUGAGUCAACCACACUUCCUGAAACUAUGUUAAGCAGGAGGUUGACAGACCAAGGGGGGACAAAGAGGAGCCUGAAAUGCAUAAGGAUGAACUUCACAGGGUGGGACACUCACCAGCAUCACACACACACACACACACA